AUCGAACUUCUGGACUCUGUAGGUGUAACGAGUACUUGUCUCUGGUGUAUCUAUUCUAGUUUGUAAGCAAACGACAAAAAAAACAAAAAAAGACAUUCAAAUUUUUCAUUGAUAUUGAAUUUUAUUGAACAAGUAUCGUCUCAAUAAUCUUUAAUUUCUUCAACGUUUCCAGCCGUACCCCGUUUUUCACUUUUUUCCAAGAAAGAUGGAGUCCUUAACCAGGGCCUCUAUGGCCGUGUGUCCAUUCGUCAAGGCUUCGAGUGCUCAGACUUUGCGUCAGAUCUCGAGAUCGUCUUCCGGAGGAUUGGCUAGCCAGGCUCGUCAAUGCCCAUUCAUGGGAGCUGCCAUGAGAGCUCAGGAAAGAAACUAUUCCAGUGCUACACGUCCCGCUAGAGCCACUGCCUCGACUGCUGCCACAUCCUCUGCUACAGCUUCUUCUCCUUACGCAUUCAAAGGUGAAGAUCUCACUGCUAGUGACAUCAGUCUUGGUAGCAACGAAUCAGCAUUUGAUUUCCACGGCUACAUGGCAGACGAAUUGCACAGAAAGAGAGAAGACAAGUCCUAUCGUUUCUUCAACAACAUCAACCGUUUGGCCCAAGACUUCCCCAAGGCUCAUCGCUCCAAUGAGGAAGACAGGGUUACCGUCUGGUGUUCUAACGACUACCUCGGUAUGGGCAAAAACACUAACACCCUCAACGAGAUGAAGAGGGUCUUGGAAGUGUACGGUUCCGGUGCUGGUGGUACGAGAAACAUUGCCGGCCACAACGUCCAUGCCAUCAAAUUGGAGUCGGAACUCGCUGCUUUGCAUAAGCAUGAGGCGGCGUUGGUAUUUUCGUCCUGUUUCGUUUGUAAUGAUGCUGUGUUGUCACUUUUUGGACAGAAGAUCAAGGACUUGGUCAUUUUCUCCGAUGUCUUGAACCAUGCCUCCAUGAUCCAGGGAAUCAAGAAUUCUAGAGCUAAGAAGCAUAUCUUCAAGCACAACGACUUAGCUGACUUGGAAGCCAAAUUGGCUCAGUAUCCCAAGUCGACUCCCAAGUUGAUCGCUUUCGAGUCCGUCUACUCCAUGUGUGGCUCCAUCGCUCCCAUUGAAGCAAUUUGCGACUUGGCUGAAAAGUAUGGAGCCUUGACCUUCUUGGACGAAGUUCAUGCUGUAGGUAUGUACGGUCCCCAUGGGGCUGGUGUAGCCGAGCACUUGAACUUUGAAGCUCAUUUGAAGUCUGGAAUUGAACAUCCAGACAUUAAAACCGUCAUGAGUAGAGUCGAUAUGGUCACCGGUACUUUAGGUAAAGCUUUCGGUACGGUUGGUGGCUAUAUCACUGGUAAGGCCAGCAUGAUCGACUGGUUCAGAUCUUAUGCACCAGGCUUCAUCUUCACCACGUCGUUGCCUCCAGCCAUCAUGGCCGGUUCCAGUGCUUCGAUCAGAUACCAGAGAGCCACUUUGCAGGACAGAAUUGCCCAGCAGAAGAACACUAGAUACGUCAAGAACAACUUGAAUGCCAUCGGUAUUCCCGUCAUGCCCAACCCAGCGCACAUUGUUCCUGUUUUGAUUGGAAAUGCUGCUGAUGCUAAGAAGGCUUCGGACUUAUUGUUGAACAAGCACGACAUAUAUGUCCAGGCUAUCAACUUCCCCACCGUUCCUAUUGGUGAAGAGAGAUUGAGAAUCACCCCUACUCCCGGUCACGGUCCCGAACUCUCCAACCAAUUGAUUGAGGCUGUUGAUUCUGUGUUCAACGAGUUGAACUUGAGCAGAAUCAGCGACUGGGAAAGAAACGGCGGUUUGUGUGGUGUUGGUGAGCGCGACGCUGCUCCAAUUGAACAUAUUUGGACCGACGCCCAGUUGGCUUUGUCUGACUCCGAUUUGAACCCUAAUGUUUUUGACCCUGUCGUCGCUCCAAUUGGUGUUUCCUCGGGUGUUUCCUCUUACUAAGGCACUAGUACGGCCCUGGUGAGGAAUGCUUUUUUUACAUCCGGUGCAACCUUGGGUUUAGCUGGUGGAGUUUUUUACAUUCGUAACUGGGUUCAGACUGCCGACUCUUUGUAUCAACAAUAGUUAUCUAUUCUCUAUAUAUGUGCGUAUAACGCUGAAAUAUGACCAAAUCUAAC